AUGUCAAAUAACAAUAAUAAUAAUAAUAGUAAUAUUUUUAGUUCUAGUAAUACUUCUAUUGACUACAGCGUUGUUGCUUCUCCACCUUCUUCCUGGUCCCCAGUUUAUCACCCAAGUUCCAAAGAUGUCUUAAGCAAUAGUAGCCAAAACAACAACAACAAUAGCUAUGCCAAUAUGAUGAUAGAAUCUUACGAAUCCUCUUUAGUUCCAAAUAUCUGCCCAGAUGCUCCAAACAACUACACCUCUUAUUUAAUUGGUUUAUAUCAUCAUAACUCGUUUGAAGGCAAAGAACAAGACUCUAUGUUAUGUUCCUCACCAAAUGAUAAUGACGCCGAUAUAAACAAUUAUGGCUCAAUGUUCGAAUUAAUCAAAAAUAGCCCACUCAACCUCUCUCAUUGUGGUGCUCAAACUGUUCCGUCCCUUUAA